GGUUCGACCAGUGUCUGCACAUUCAUUCCAGGGAGCGCAGGAGAAGUCUCCGGAGCCUGUGGAAAGGGGGUGCCGGGGCUCGGCCAGCCUCUGCCAUGUCUCAUAGGCACCCCCUGGAUCCUCACUGAGCAGGCCCACUGCAGACACCCAGGGCGCGGCCCUCCAGCCCCCUCAGUGUCCAGUGGGUGGACCCUUGGCGCCUCCACAGGACAUCAGGAUGGAGAUUCCCAUGGGGACGCGGUGCCGCUUCUCCAAGGAUUUCCUGCUCUCAGCCUCAGUCCUGGCCCUCUGGACCCUCCAAGGCUCCUGGGCAGCUCUCUACAUCCAAAAGAUUCCAGAAAAACCUCAAAAGAACCAGAACCUCCUCCUGUCUGUCCAGGGCCUCCCAGACACCUUCCAAGACAUCGUGUGGUACCACGGGGAGGAGGCAGAUGGUGGCACAAGGCUGUUCUCCUACAUCCCUGACCUACAGCGACCCCAGAGAGAUGGCAACGCCAUGAAGCAACGAGACAUCGUCGGCUUCCGCAAUGGCUCCAUGCUGUUGCGUCGCGCCCAGCCCAGCGACAGUGGCACCUACCAGGUAGAGGUCACCAUCAACCCUGCCUGGACCAUGCGGGCCACGACCAAGGUCCAGGUGGCCGAAAAGCUGCCCGUAAGCACUGGGAAUAUGACUGCCAUCAUCAUCGGAUCUCUUAUUGCUGGGUCCCUCUUCAUCAGCAUCAUUGCCUAUGUCCUGGUAACAAGAGGCUGGAGGGGCCGUAGCCACAGAGUGUCUGCUCCAGAAUGCCAGGGGUCUCUGUCAGUCUUGUUCCCAGCUGUGUCCCCAGUGCCUUCGACAGCAUCCAGCUCAUGGAUGGCGACCACAGGGAAACCGGAGCUGGACCCCAGUCGUAACAGUGGUGACAACAACAUCUACGAAGUGCUGCCGUCUCCAGUCCUCCUGGUGUCCCCGCUUAGUGACGCGGGGUCCACCAACCCCCCGCCCCCGCUCCCACUCCCAGCCCCGCCCCCGCCCCUGCAGCCGGAGCCAGCGCUGGAGAACCACCAAUACCAGGAUCUGCUGAACCCCGACCCUGCCCCUUACUGCCAGCUGGUGCCAACCCCCUGAAGGGGGCCCCAGCCGGGCCAGUGGGCGGGGAAAGGCCUCAGACCUCCCCUGGAGGCCUCACCCCUGCAGAAAAGUCUCACCAGAGACGCAGCAGGACCAGGCUGUCGGGGCUGUGGGGCCGAUUGGGUGGACUCGGCUGAAGACACGGCAAGGCAUCCGGCAGGUGUCCGGGGGUGGAGGGGCGGAACGGAAGACCACGAGGGGCCUGGCUUCCCACUCACUCGGCGUGUACCACCCGCCCUUAGUCCAGUCCUUCUUGCAACCUGACCUAUGCCAUGGGCCUGGGGAAAGCAGGCUCUCACCCCCUUCUCCUCCUCCGCUGGGAUAUUUGGGAGUUAGGAGGAGGUGGUCUCGGGCCUGCCUCCAGCCAGACCUCUUGGACACCCACUUUGCUGGACUCCCCACCGACUGUCAGUCCACAACGCCCUACCCCCGAUCCCUGGUGGCCCUCGGAGCCCCUGUCCCUGGGGACAAGGCAGCCCCCACCAUGCAUGCCCCAGAGGACAAGGAACAUGGCAGGAAGGGCUGGCCCCACAGGUCUGUGGCCCCAGGUGAUAGUCCUAGUCAGUUCCGAUGGCUGUCGGACCCCUUCCCUGCUCAGCAGAGCCAACCCUUCCCAAAACCCAGUCUCUCGGAACCUGUGGCCAUCUUCUGUCCUGUGCCCCCCACUCUGAAUCUCACCGCACCCCUCAGGGCAGGACUCCCUCCUCUGCCCCACCCCCCCACCCCCCCACUCCCAAAUGUGAGCAUGGUCUGUGGCCCUUAAUUUAUUCAUCCAUUCAACAAUACGUGGGCUGUGCGCCAUGCACAGCUCUGGGUCCUGCAGCUCUGGCAGGGAAGGAAGCAGAGAAGACUCCCGCUCUCCCAGAGGAACCUCGGUCCAGGGAGAGAGUCAGGAAACUAAGUAACUAACAAAGGACAAAGGGUGUUGGACAGCACUCAGGGAAAUAAAGAAAGGAGGGGGGUUGGGAGUGGUUCACUGAGAAGGUGACAGUGACCUUUAGUGCUCAGUGACACUGAGCAAAGACCUGAAGGAGGAGAGGGAGGGAGCCAUGUGAAGAGCUGCAGGCAGAGCUUCUCAGGCAAAGGGGACGGCAAGUGCAAAGGCCCUGAGGUAGGAGGGUGCCGGUGUGUUCAAGGAGCAGCAAGGAGGCCAGGGUGGUGGGAGCAGAAGACGGACAGGGCUGAAGGGUGGGAGGUGACGUCAGGAAGGCGGGCAGCAGCAGAGCGAGCAGGGCCGUGUAUCGGGCACUGCACAGACUGUGGCUUUCGCUCGGGAGCUGAAAA